CUCAUCUUAAUUGUCUACAAUUUAUAAGUUACCAGUUUACUUUAAAUUGUUUUAAUCAAUUUCUACCAAAUCUACCGGAUAAAUGUACUAGUUUUCAGUUGGAAUUUCGAUUUAAUUGUUAAUUUAAAUUCUAUUUGUGAAUAAAUUUUCUUUUUGUUGUUCUUUCAACACCUUCAAUGAGAAUCUGUGACAGAUGAACAGUUGGUGUUUGAUAAAUUGUUUAGUUUAAAUAUGUUUCUAUCAUGUUACCACAUAAAAGUAAUUUCAUGAUUAAAUAUGAUAGUAAAUUGAUUUACAUCAUUGCUGUUUGGUAUUUUUUCAGUUUUACUACACUUUUUCUCAAUAAGUAUAUCCUUUCCUACCUCAAUGGAGACCCAACGAUAUUAGGUUCUCUUCAACUAUUUCUAUGUUCAAUCUGUGGUUAUAUUCAUCUUAAAUAUCCCAUUGGUUAUUUAACAACAUCAAGUAAGAAAAUACAUGAUGAAAUUCAGAAACCAGUUCUAUGGAAAAAUUUUAACAAGAGUUUACUUUUAAUUGGAUGUUUAAGAUAUUCAACUAUUGUCCUCGGUUUAUAUGCUCUUUGGUAUGUGCCAGUUUCAUUUGCAGAAACUGUUAAAAGUUCUGCUCCAGUUUUCACUGUUAUCAUCUCAUGGGCUCUCAUUGGUGAGACAACAACGACAUUUACAAAACUUUCCCUAAUUCCGGUAAUGUCCGGUUUGGCCAUUUGCUCUGCGUACGAAUUAAGCUUUACCUUUGUCGGUUUAAUUGUUUCACUGGCUACUAAUCUAUCCGAGUGUUUACAAAAUGUUUACUCCAAGAAAAUGCUUCGUUCUUAUGAACCCGCUGAGAUGCAAUUCUAUUCAAGUACUUCAUCACUAUUGUUACAAAUUCCAUUCACUUUAUUUAUGGUUGAUUUUGGUCAAGUUUGGGAAGCAUUAAUGGAGGACAGUAAUCUUUUCUUGUCAUUCUUAUUAGCUGGUAUUUCUUUUCACCUUCAAAGUUUAUCUGAAUAUUUAUUAUUAACUUUCAUAUCACCAGUUACUCAUAGUGUCGCAAAUACUGCUAAACGAGCAUUAUUGAUCUGGUUAUCUGUGAUAGUUUUCGGUAAUCCAGUUACGUACCUUAGUUGGCUUGGAACAGCUACUGUGAUAUUAGGUGUUCUACUUUAUAAUAAAGCUCGAUCUUACGAUGGAAAAUCACUGAAUCUGGUCGAUAAAAGUGUCAACCUUUCUCAUAUUAUUUAAUUUCUACUCACAAUUUUCUUUAAAAAUCUUUUUGAUGACAUAUUUUUUUAAUUCUAAUCCCAAAAAAACACAUACAGUAUGUGAGACAAAACAAACACACACCAACAACUACAAAUAUCACAAAGAUCCAAAAACAGCUUGAAUAUUUAUCAUAUUGUUACUUUUGGCUUCUAUGACUUUGAGAUUACCAAAGAAAAGGCUCAUUUAAAUUUGUAACCAAAAUAAAUCAUGACAAUAUUUUGAGACAAAAA